AUGAGUGGAUGGACAGGAACUGUUUGUAAUAUAGAUGUUGAUGAAUGUGCAAGUAAUCCAUGUCAACACAAUGGAACGUGUAAUAACUUGCGAAAUGAGUAUUCCUGUAACUGUGUUAACGGCAGAGAAGGAGAUUACUGUCAAAUCGACAUCAAUGAAUGUGUCAGUAAUCCAUGUCAGAACUCAGCUACAUGUGUUGAUGGUUUGGAUGGAUAUACUUGUAAUUGUUAUCCAGGCUUUACAGGGACAUUCUGUGAAACAGAUAUUAAUGAAUGUGCUAGUAAUCCCUGUUUGAAUGGUGGUACUUGUACUGAUAUGGUGAACAGAUUUUCAUGUUCUUGUCAUUCUGGAUGGCAGGGUUUAACCUGCCACCAAGAUGUGAAUGAAUGCGUCAGUAAUCCAUGUGCUAAUGGUGCUACUUGUAAUAAUGGUUUCAAUUCAUGGAGUUGUAACUGUUCACCUGGAUGGACAGGAUUACGCUGUCUGGACGAUUUUGAUGAGUGUAGUAGCAGUCCCUGUCAAAAUGGAGCUACAUGCCUUAAUGGAGUUAAUAAAUAUGUCUGUAUGUGUCCAGCGGGCUGGACAGGACUCACCUGUAACACAGAUGUUGAUGAGUGUCUUAGUACACCUUGUAUCAAUGGUGCAACCUGUCAUAAUGGACAAAAUCACUAUAGCUGUACUUGUUUACCUGGAUGGGAAGGAAUUAACUGUCAAAGAGAAAUCCAUGAGUGUUCUAGUAAUCCAUGCCGUAAUGGUGGUACUUGUAAUGAUAUAUUUAAUGGUUACACCUGUGAUUGUAUUCCUGGUUAUGCGGGUACCAACUGUCAACAAGAUAUUGAUGAAUGUGCUAGCAGUCCUUGUAGGAAUGGUAUUUGUGUCAAUCUUUUGAACAGAUAUACAUGUUCCUGUCCAGCAGGGUGGACUGGAAUCAACUGUGAUAUUGAUAUUGACGAGUGUUCUACAUUACCAUGUCAGAAUGGUGGCACUUGUAAUAAUGGACAGAAUAUGUAUACAUGUACUUGUGCAAAUGGAUGGGCUGGCACCAAUUGUAACCAAGACGUCAAUGAGUGUUCCAGUAAUCCAUGUCAAAAUGGUGGUACAUGUAACAACGGUGUACAAGUAUAUAGUUGUAACUGUCCUUCUGGAUAUCAAGGUGUCAACUGUGAAAUAGAUGUUGACGAGUGCAAUAGUAAUCCCUGUCAGAAUGGUGGCACUUGCACAAAUGGUCGUGGGAGAUAUGACUGUACCUGUCCCAUUGGAUGGUCAGGCCCUCAUUGCCUUGAUGAUAUCAAUGAAUGUGCAAGCAAUCCAUGUCAGAAUGGUGCCCAGUGUCGAGACUCUUUUAAUAAAUUCAUCUGUGAUUGUACACCUGGAUGGCAUGGUACUUUCUGCACACUAGAUGUGGAUGAAUGUGCCAGUAAUCCUUGUAUUAAUGGAAUGUGUCAGGACAGUUUAAAUGCCUAUAUUUGUUCAUGUAAUUUUGGUUACACUGGUAGCAGAUGUGAGACUGAAAUCAAUGAAUGUUCUAACAACCCAUGUCAGAAUAAUGGUAGAUGUACUGAAGGUAUCGGCUAUUAUAUUUGUGAAUGCCAGUCUGGUUUUAUUGGAGCUAGCUGUGAAACAAACAUUGAUGACUGUUUCUCUCACCCAUGUCAAAAUGGAGGUGUAUGUAGUGACUCAAUUGAUGCUUAUUCCUGUCAAUGUGCACCAGGCUGGACAGGAACCAACUGUGAGCUAAAUAUAGAUGAAUGUAAUUUCAAUUUCUGUUACAAUGGUGGUACAUGUUUAGAUGGUAUUAAUACAUACAUGUGUCUAUGUAUGCCUGGAUAUCAAGGAAAAAACUGUGAGAUUGACAUUGAUGAGUGUGACAACAAUCCCUGUCUGUAUGGUGGAGUAUGUUUACAAGGUGUCAACUCUUAUGAAUGUGUGUGUCCCAUGGGAAAAGAAGGACAAAACUGUGCUUCAGAUGUUAAUGAAUGUGCCAGCUCUCCAUGUCAGAACAAUGCAUAUUGUACAAAUGGUGACAACAAAUUUACAUGUACAUGCUUAGCUGGAUGGACUGGUGCAGUGUGUGAUAUAAAUAUAAAUGAUUGUGUUCCCAAUCCUUGUAAGAAUGGUGGAUACUGUACAGACAAUGUAAAUUCCUAUACAUGCCAGUGUGCGGAGGGAUGGGAUGGACUUUACUGUGAUAUACGUGUUGGAUGUAGACAUGACUAUGAGAUCCCGGAGUGUGAUAAAAUCACUAUAACUACCCCAAACUACCCGUCUAACUAUGAUAAUAAUGCUGAUUGUUUAUGGCAUGUAUCGGCAGAGCAAGGUCACAGAAUAGUUGUAGUGUUUGUUACCCUUGACACAGAAGCUGGGUACGACAUUUUAGAAAUCGGGCAUGGUUUGUACGCGACUCUGCCGAAUACAAGACUGCUUAGUGAAUCCGGUACCGAACUUCCGGAUCAGUUUACAUCAUCAUAUAGUAAUCUGUGGGUUACGUUUGUGUCUGAUGCCAGUAAGAAUGGAAGAGGAGUUAAAAUAGAAUUCCAAGAUGAAUGCAUAGAUAAAUGUUCAAGUGUUCCAUGUUUGUAUGGUGGAACGUGUGUUUCUACUGGUAAUACCUAUCAAUGUCAGUGUGUGACUGGCUAUACAGGAACAAACUGUGAAACUAUAGUUGGUAAUGGUUGUACAACAAGUCCUUGUUUGAACAGUGGUACAUGUAUAACUACUGGUAAUGGUUAUACUUGUAAUUGUAAUACAGCAUAUACAGGACAGAAUUGUGAAAUUCUUAUGUCCACAUGUUCUUUAGAUACUUGUAAGAACGGUGGUACUUGUUAUGUGGAAAAUGUGCGACAGUAUUGUGUGUGUACAGCUGGCUUUACUGGGACAUUCUGUCAAACAGAUAUUAACGAGUGUACUGACUCUCCAUGUGCUAGUGGGUCAACAUGUGUCAAUAUAAAUAAUGGCUUCCUGUGUUUGUGUGAAGAUGGAUUCGAAGGAGAUCUAUGUAACCAAGACAUAAAUGAAUGUGCUUCAGAUCCGUGUCAAAAUGGCGGUACAUGCACUAAUGGAAGAGAUAUGUUUAGGUGUGCAUGUGUAACAGGAUACAGCGGUGAAUUGUGUGAUCAAACUCCUACAGUCAUUGAUACUGGUGCCAGUGCAGCUGAUGAUGAAACACAACUAGAAGUAUAUUGGAUUGUCAUUAUUGUUAUCCUUUCAGUAGCUUUCUUAUUUACUCUGUUUGCUCUCCUGUACUAUAAGUGUAAGCCAAAAGAUCGGAGUCUACUUUAUGAUGCAGAGGAAGCUGCUAAGAGACAUAGAGAAGCCAAACUAAGCGAUUCAUAUGACAGAUCAGCAAACAAUUCUGUAAAUAAAGCGAAAGAAGUCAAUAAUCAUGAAAAUGAGUACGGAUUCAUCCCACCCCAUGGAGGUAGCAGGUCUACAGUGGCUGAAAUUAACAGUUAUGAAAAUCCAUGGCCAGUCAGUACCGAAGAUUUUGAACAACCCAGGACAUCUUUGUAA